AUGCGCCUCGUCAACACCGAAACCGUCCAACUCGAGUUCCUCGCCGACGACAAUGUGCCCUACUACGCCAUCCUAUCUCACACCUGGGAGCAAGAAGAGGUUCUGUUUCAAGACAUGGGGCGUGAGAGCGCCAAGUCGAAAAAGGCUACGUAUAUCUGGGACGAUACCUGCUGUAUCGAUAAGACGAGCAGUGCAGAGUUGAGUGAAGCUAUCAAUUCGAUGUAUCGGUACUAUCAAGAGGCUAGCAUUUGUUAUGUGUACCUCGCAGAUAUUUCUACCGUCUCCGAGAUUUCCAAUAGUAGAUGGUUUACCAGAGGAUGGACACUACAAGAGCUCAUUGCGCCAAGCUCAAUGAUCUUCUUCGAAAGAGACUGGCGUGAGUUGGGUACCAAGAAAAGUCUAGUACAGGUUCUCUCACAAAGAACAAACAUACCGGAAUCUAUUCUCUGCGACAGCGAAGAGCUAGAAACAACUAGCAUCGCGCAGAGAAUGUCGUGGGCAGCCGACAGAGUCACAACACGAAAAGAAGACGGCGCAUAUUCCCUCAUGGGUAUUUUUGGUAUCAACAUGCCGCUCCUCUAUGGCGAAGGCGACAAGGCCUUUUAUCGUCUCCAAGAAGAGAUCAUGCGUGUAUCAGAUGAUCACAGCCUCUUCGCUUGGAAAGCCACUGGUGCUCGCGGCGGAUUACUCGCCCCGACGCCAGCUGCUUUCAAGCAGUCGGGUGAUAUUAUCCCGUGGAACCCGUUCACGCCGUAUAAUAGCCCGUUCACGAUCACCAAUAAGGGGGUGCAUAUGGAGGCGCCGUUCAUUGCGCAGGAUACUUCGGGGAGGGGCCUUUGUGUUCUUCAUUGUACUAGGAUUGAGACGAGGGAUAAGUUGAUUGCAGUUCAUUUGAGAGAUAUUUAUUUGACGAUGGAACAUUUUGAGAGGUGUAGGACUGAUGAGUUGGAGUGGAUUGACCUGGACGACUUCAGUCUCACACAGUGCCCCGUGAGGCCCUUGUGUAUCAGACUACACUUUCCAUCGAUCUCUCGGAGAGCAAGACAGAAAGAAGUACACGCUGAUACACUAUCUGAUGCCAGUACAGUUAUUGAGCGCAAUGGCCUGUCAUCACUUUCCGAAGCUGCUAAAGCAGGAGAUUCUGGGUCGAUCUGGUACCUACUGGCUCAACCCCCGUCUGCAACAAGGGACGACCAGGCUCGCUCAGCAAUUUGUCUCGCUGCGCGUGGUGGCCAUGAGCGCGUUGUCAGUCAACUGUUGGCAAGAAGAGACACAUCUGCUCUCAUCGCCGACAUUGAAGGCCGAACUGCACUCUCACACGCUGCAGAGUGCGGCCAAGAAGCUAUUGUCAGAUCCAUCUUAUCCAGCGCCAGAAUCCACCCUGACACAAGGGAUGUACACGGACUAACAGCGCUGUGGUACGCGGUUUAUCGCAGACAAAGAGACUGCGCAAAGCUACUUCUCCAGAAAGGCUCGGUGUCUGGCAAUGUCGGCGGUAGUGGGAUGGACCAAACCGCUCUCUGGCACGCUGUGUUCGCUAGCGAUCUCGAACUAGCGAAACUCCUCCUACAGAACAAGGCACUCCAAUCCAAUGGCGGCGAACCAGCUCUCUGCGCAGCAUUGUCUAACCAACACCCCGCCAUAGCCGAACUCCUCCUCCAACACGGCGUCGACCCCAACGAACGAGAUUCCAAGCGACGAUCUCCACUGCAUAUAGCGUGUAGACAGGAUAACCACGAGAUAGUAGCUCUGCUGAUGAGAUACGGUGCCAAUACCGACAUGCUGGACUCCUCGGGUAAGACGGAACUGGCGUUUGCGACGUUGAGGGGUAAUGUGGCGAUGGUCAAGGUGUUGUUGGAGAAUGGGGCGAAUCCGAGGGCUAAGUGUGCUAAUGGAAAGACGGCUGCGGCAUAUGCGACGGGGCAUGAGAUGAAGAGCUUGAUUGGGAAUCAGAGGUGGUAUAAGACGUUGCUUGAUAGGACGAGUACCAAUCGGUCGGCGGUGUCGUGA